CUGAAGUCUUUGGGGCUAUUUUCGUCAUCUCGUGAUUUAUCCGCCAAUGGAAGGACAGAGGCGCGGUGAAAACUGAAUAUCGCGGGCGAGGACACUGUAGUGCUCUCACUGCCGAGGCUUCUUCCUUUGAAUCCCAUGGCCAAUAACCCCUCUCAGCUCCUUCCAUCAGAGCUAAUAGACAGGUGCAUAGGGUCGAAAAUAUGGGUGAUAAUGAAAGGAGACAAGGAGCUCGUUGGUACUCUCAGAGGCUUCGACGUCUAUGUAAACAUGGUCCUCGAAGAUGUCACUGAAUAUGAAAUCACUGCUGAAGGGCGGCGAAUUACCAAGCUUGAUCAGAUAUUACUAAAUGGAAACAACAUUGCCAUUGGGGGAGAGAAAGCGGUGUUUUGGCUCCGAUCGGUCAGUUUGAAAAUUCAGAAUUAUGGAUGAGAAAGACUAACAUUUGUUUUGCAAUGCAGCUGGUUCCUGGUGGUUCCCCUGAUCCAGAAUGAAAACGCAGUGGUUUAUGCCGAUUUUACUUUUCCUUAUUCAUAUAACUAAUGACUGAUUGCAUUCUCAUUUUUAUUGAGAAGUUUAGCAAUUAAGAAUUUGUUCCUCAAUGUUUUUUUCCGCAUGGAUAUAAUUCCAACUAUUAUAUCUUUUCUUGCCUCUUCUAGUGCUGAACGCCAGAAUUGGAUACAACUCUGUGAUAACGAUGGGAAAUGAAGAAGUUGAUUGGAUUAUGUUUGGCAAA